GGUCUUUUUCUGAUAUUGCCGCAACCCCCUCCCCCUCUCGCCGCCGCUGCUCCAGCACCCGCCGCGCCUACGCUGUCCGUCGCUGACCCGCCCGCGGAAGACUCGACGCCAGAAACGUGUCGCACGUGCACGCCCGGGCCACUUGCGCUCCGCCGGCCGUGGCACAAUUUCUUUCUCAAGCGAUAUCCGCAUCACCACCACCUGCACCACCGCACGCCCGCUGCUCGCCUCUGCCCACCACUCCGCGCCCAUCGCUGGCAGCAGCACCGCUCGACGGACGACGAGGUUACGCCAUCUUCCACCAAAUCGCCAUCGUCGCCGACCUCUGGGCCCAGACGUCACACCAUCUUUUUUCGCCCAGUGCCAGGUUCUGUGCAGAGCAAAGCUUAAUCGUCCGGACACGUGCUUGUCAAUUGCUUGCUCCGCUUGCUAGCACCCUUCCCUGCCAUCUCCGAUCCGACGACCCCUUCACGGCGACACGAGCAACGCAGCACAUUUCAUUCCACCCGCUGGACAACGUGCUUCUCGCAUCCAUUCCCGUUCAUCGACACAUUGCAGACCUUCGCAACACAUUUGCAGUAAGAAGCAGCCAGACUCCAUCCCGAAUCCCGACCUCGUACGUUGGGUGUGAUCGCGUGCGGCGGAAGCGGCAGGCUCUUUCUCGUUGAGCGAGAGGUCUUCCAGGCGCAGCAGCGGCUGCUGGUCAAUCUUUGGAAUUAGCCCAACUGGGCACAUCUGUUUGAAGGCGCUGUGCCGGCCGCAAGUCAGGCAGAGCUACCCAAGCUAUCUCACGGAGCAGCAUUGCAUCACUCGCAAUGGCUGCCUCAACAUCGAGCCCGAGUGGCUUCUCAUACGCCCAGGCGGCAAGGGGCAAGACCUCGACGGCGACGUCACAAGCUCCAUCGAGCAAGGUCACAUCUGGCACGGCAACGCCAGCCACAGGCACAUUUUCAGAGCUGGGUCCGAAUAGCAAUUGGGCUGAUGAUGUGGAGUCGACCGCGGGCGAGAAAUCAGAUGUCCGCAAAACUGCGCAGGAACAGUCCAAGCCUGCACCAACAAAAGACGAUGCGGUAGAGGGCACCAAGACUGACGCCAGGUUGGCCAAUGGUACUUCCGGAGCGCCAUCGCCAGAUCUCGUGGCUACUCCAAAUACUGCCACCGCCAGUGAGGACUCCUCCUCGGCACCACAGACCAACGGCUCGUCAGAGACGACAUGGGACACCAAGUCGGACAAUUCUGCACAGAACUCAGAACCCUCGUGGAUUGCUGCACGCAAGGAGCGUCAAGACCACGACAAGGAUGGCAAGGGCAGUGAUCGUCCCGCCCGAAAGGGCAAGAAGGGUGACAAGGCGUCCAAAGAGUCAGAGGCGCCUAAGCCUGAACCAAAGCCUGUGGUGUAUACCGAGGCAGCACCGCCAUCGGUCAACCCGUGGGCCAUUAAACGAGUCGAGGCACCCAAGCCGGUCCCUGUCGCAGUGCCUCAAGCACCGAAGCCAGCUCCACCUGCCGUCCCCGUACCAGCGAUGAAGGAGAACCAGCGACCUCGAGCAGAUUCGAGGAAGAAGGCGAACUCGAUCACCGGCCUCCCACGGGACGCCGAAAAUAGCAGCGACACCAAGAAGCCCAGUGUUCCUCAAGGUAAGCGUUUUGAAGAAAAAUCUCAAGCUCGUCAGGGCUCAAAGCUCUCUACAGAAUGCGGUCGCAACGACGCGACGCCCCCGCCCGCAAAGGCGCAACGCGAGCAUCAAAGCCUACCAAACCUCCAUGCUGUCCCUCCAUCCGUCAAGGACGAGACCUCGUGGCCUACGCCCGACAAGGCAGAGCGAGUGGAAGACAAGGAGCGCAAAGACAUUGCUGAGAAGGAGAAGACAAGCGAAGGCGCUGAAGGCGAAUCAAAUGCCAAGCCACGCGAAAAGACGAAGUGGACCCAGAUUCCUGUCACACCUACAAUCGUUUGGGCGACAGAAGAGAUGAACCGACCGCCUCGCGGCUCGGGUGGCGAUCGAGGUGGCCGUGGUGGCACCUCCACACGUGGGCGUGGAGGUGCUCGUGGCGGUCCUAACGGAGCCAAGGGCGGCGAUCGUGCUGCCACCAAGAAAGAGUCGUCACCAAGCGAUGCCGACAACGCUGGAGCCACCUCUCGUGGACGCUCCGACAUCGAUCGUGAAGCAAUGCCGCCACCAGCGAAACCAAGUCGCAAAGCUACAGCAAGCGGCUCCCGAGCAGGGAGCCAGGUUCGAGGUCAGAGUCUGGCAAAGACGUCAGCGAAUCCUGCCUUGGAGGACGUUUCUGCGAAGGGUGUUACUCAAUCUCAACGCACGAGCUCACCGGCGAAGCUCGCCGCCUCUGAGGAUGUCAAGGCACCGGAACCUAUCCCACGAUCAUCGAAAGAUGCCGGCGUCAAGGAUGUGCGUGAGGGCGCGGAUGCAAAUCGCGAGGCCCCUGUACGAAGAGUCCCCUCGGAUAGCAAGAAGGACCGCAACUUCGAAAGCUACAAUGGCAAAGAAUGGACAGGUGCCCCACGUGGCAGCAAGCGUGGCGGUCGAGGCCGUGGUGGCUCGCGUGAGUUCGCCAAUGGCCAUCAAUCCAGUCAGCCGUUCACCAACGGCCACGCCGAGUUCACCGGUCCUUAUGGUGCUCCUCACUCUCCUUCUGCCUUCCAAUCACCACGCGGGAACUUCGGGUUCGCCCAGCCUGGCCGUGGAAGCUGGCGUGGCAACCCUCGCUCACAGUCCAUCCCCAUUGAUCAGGUUUAUGGUGGUCGCUUCGGCUACGGUCCGGCGGUUGGAAUCCCUCCAGUACAGACCUACUAUCCUGGAAUGUACGAUUACUCUGGCAUGCCUAUGAGCGCGAUCCCCUACGCACAAGUCGCUGAGCAGCAAUACCUUUUCGAAAUGGUCAGCACUCAGCUUGAGUAUUAUUUCUCAAUUGACAACUUGCUUAAAGACAUGUACCUGCGCAAGAACAUGGACUCGCAAGGCUUCGUCUUCCUGGACGUGAUUUCGAACUUCAACCGAAUCAAGCAGCUAUCGGCAGACCCCAAUCUUCUCAAGGCUGUUUGUCUCAGAUCGGAAACCAUCGAGAUCAAGACUGGCGACGAUGGAAAGGAUCGUCUGCGGAGGCAGGAUGGAUGGGAGCAAUUCGUUAUGCCAAUGGACCAGCGCGAGCCCGCAGCGCAGACAGAGGGUCCAAAGACUCUGAUGCGCCCAGAGCCUCCUGCUGUUGCAUUUCCUCCGCCCGUGGAUGCCUUCCGAGGUCCAGCGUCCGCUGGCCUGCCGGGUUCUCAGCGGCGGUCAUAUGAUGCCGGCUACGCCAUGAACGGUGCUGUGCCAGGCUUUGCGCCUUUUGCGCCCGCGCAUGACUUCGGCUACGGCGACGCGACGCGCGGAGAUGAAGAUCGUGGCCGUGCCACCAAGUCACCCGUACGCGAGAAUGGCUCAAGUCAAGGGAUGGCCAACCUGAGCAGCCCCAUCGAUGCGAAGGAUGGCGAGGGCGAUGUCUUUCCUGACGAGCAGGCGAGUACUCUGACUGUCAUUCUCAAGCUAGGUUUGCAAAAGCCACAGCAUGCUGCCGCCCGCACCUUUUCGAACGGAUCCAUUGACACCAGAAGCAUCUUUGGCGAACUUGAAAAGGCAGGAGAUGACGCUGCGAAGCCGGCGACGAAUGGAGAGCCAGCCACCAAUGGUGAUCACUCCACUCCAGACAUCUCUCGUCACGCCAGCCCAAGCCAAGGUCGAUCGCCUGAGAAGGGUGUCAACAAUGAGCUCCCAUUGCUCUGGAUCAAGAACAGCGAACGACCCCAUGAAGCACUUCCUGCGGGCACGACGCUAGAGCCAUAUGUGCACCUCCGCCUCAAAGCACUCAAGCAGCGAGAUGAAGCUUCAACUGGCAAUUGCCCGUACGAUCUCGAUGUGCUCUAUCAAUUCUGGUCACACUUCCUGAUUCGAAACUACAACCACCGCAUGUACGGCGAGUUCAAGUACUAUGCUACCGACGAUGCGCAGAACAGAAACAACAACACUGGCAUGCAGAACUUGCUCCAAUUCUACGCCAAGGCCCUCGCCAGCAGCACGCCUAUCCGUGAUCACAUUGUGCGAGAUUACGUGGAACUUGUCAAGAUCGAACCCGCCAGCACUCAGGGUCAGGGAUUCAAGCAACUACGCCAGGCGUGGCGCAACGGUGCCUUGAACCUCAAGAACCGGAAGAAACUCAACGACAUCGUUGACGAAGACCUUCGAACCCGACUUGAGUCAUGAGGCAAUGGUCACGCGUGCUCGAAAUGCAUUCGCAAUACGAAUCCAAAAUGUGGACUUCACGAUCCGCCCUGGCCUUGUUUUGCGCAUACGCGCAGCCGUGGGAGGGAGGCCUGGACGUUCGCGACCCCCAAGAGACGAAUACAUGACGUACAGUAACCCGUCGCUGCUCCGCCUGUUGAUGUUCUCGGCAGCAGCUAACCAAUCCACGAAAUGGCGUCUGGCGCACGAUUCCGGCCACAUCGUGCAUACUACUUUAUUCUCAAAAGAACACAAAAGCGUUUGUUGAUUUCCAUUACAUUACCAAGUCACCAGGGCAUAGAUGCGAGCAAAAGAGGCUUGACACGGCGUUCGGACUGGUGGACUUUUUUCAAAAAUUCUUUCCUUUCGACAAGACCCCUGUUCGGGACAUAACGAGUGACUAUGCGUCAAGGAUUGACGCAGAGGCACGAUUCGGACAGACUUUGACGAGGUUUUCGACGAGGUAUCGCACGAGCGUUGGAUUUUCGACGAAGGGCAUAGGUCUCGUACGAUCUACGAGCUGCCGGCGCGCGCAGAUGAGAUGAUGCGAGAUGCUUAUGGGGUGCACGGCGGUGCACAUGGUACGGAAGCUGCUCUGCCAAGGUGCAUAGCAGUAAGCUGGAAGGCAGACCUACGAUGGAUGGUUCGUAGGCGCAUCUCGACUCAAGUCCUCUGUGGUGUCGCCAAGAUCAUUCUUCGAGCAGUUUAGCGGAAGAGCGUUACUAGCAUUUGGCGAAGGCGUAAGAUAUUGGAUUGGCUGUGUAAAUAAAACGAUACCGAAGAGAAAAUGUCGAUUGCUUGUAC